GUCAUUUUUCCAACCCCUAAGGGGGGUUAGCAUGCUAACCGACCCCAUCCUCCGAACCCGAAGAUCACGUCAGAAAGGUUAAAAAGAUUUCAUUUUUCUCCCUAAUUAAUAAAUGGGUCCCACUGUUUUAUCCACGUCGGCAGCUCUUCCCGCAAUUCCCGGACUAUUAUCUACUUGCCCCGGCGAGGGAAGAGAAACGGAGAUUGUCACGAAUCUCCGGCUUCUCCACAUUUCUAGCUCAAUUGUCAUUCCGAGGCAGUGCUCAGCUCCUUCCUCGGUCCAAAUCGUUGGCAGGAUUUCAAUUCGUCGGUGGUUCAACUUCAAACCUUUACGGGCGGUUCUGCAGACUUCUCAUGUUCUUCGAGAGGAAGGGGAAUCACGACAAGACGACGGCGGCGGUGUUACGACUCUGCGUGAAAUCUGCCGAGGGCACGUGCCGGACCACGUGCUGAGCAGGGCGGAAGGGUUUGGAUACGUUAUGCCGACGGAUGUGCAGAGCCAAGCUCCGCCUGUUCUGCUUAGUGGGCGGGACUGUGUAAUUCAUGCUCAGGUUGGGCUAUACAGUUCUGGGAAGACGCUGGCUUACUUGCUGCUGGUAUUCUCAGUUUUGAAAGCUCGGAGAUCAGCUGUGCAGGCACUGAUCGUGGUGCCUACCCGGGAGCUAGGAAUGCAAGUCACAAAAGUGGCUCGAAUGUUGGCUUCAAAGGCUGUGGGUGAUAAAUUGGAGGAGAAGUCGUCUUGCACUGUCAUGGCGCUUUUAGAUGGAGGGAUGUUGAGAAGACAUAAGAGUUGGUUAAAGGCAGAACCACCUACUGUUGUGGUAGCAACAAGAGCGAGUUUGUGCCAAAUGCUUGAUAAGCAGAUAUUUAAGCUUGAUGCGCUGGAGGUUCUGGUUAUAGAUGAGAGAGAUGUGGUCCAUGUGCAUGUCAAUGCCAUUAAGCCAUUGCCAUCCUGCUUGCAACACAAAUUUGUGGUAUGCACUAAAAAGCAAAAACAUGCAAUUCUGCUUUCCUUGUUACAUUCUGAUGCCCCCACGUCGGCAAUUGUUUUUGUUGGUGAACAGUCUGAGAAGUCAAAAAAGGCUGGGAAUGCUGCAUCAACUGUUCUUCUAGUUGUUUUCUUGAAUACUUCUUAUAGAGGUAGCUCAGAUGUCCUGCUUUUGGAGGAGGACAUGAAUUUCAAUUCUCGGGCAGCUUCACUUUCAGAAUUGAGACAAGGGGAAGGUUAUCUUCUUGUAGCAACAGAUAUAGCUGCAAGAGGAGUGGACCUGCCUGAAACAACUCAUAUCUACAACUUUGAUCUACCAAGAACUGCUGUUGACUACCUUCAUCGAGCUGGAAGAACAGGUAGGAAACCCUUUUCAGAUGAGAAAUGUAAUGUUACCAACAUUAUUGUGCUGGAGGAGCGAUUCGUUUUGCAAAGAUAUGAGAACGAACUGAUGUUUAACUGCGAAGAAGUAAUCAUUUGAUUCAAGUGUUGGCCCUUUUAUUCUGGAAUCAAGUUGUUGCAUACAUUUUCCGUACUCUAAUUCGUCUUUUUCUUGUGGAGAAAAAGAUUUGAUAUUCUAUCGGUUUAGUAGAUCAGAAAGAACUUAACAUGUUGUAUUACUGUUCGGAACUUGGGCCUUAUCAGUAUCUUCUGCUAACUCACAUUUCAAACAAAAACAAAGAAUUGUAAGGGUGAAGGAAUUUAUUAUUUAUAUUACAAGUCCAUCUUCAAUGACUGCGUUUUUAAAAAUAACUGUAACCCCAGAUCGAAUGUAGAAGCCUUCAGAAGUUCUGU